AACUGAGGAGCAAACCACUCUGCUGGCCACAGAGCAAGAGAUCAGCAGAGAGAGGGAGAUAGAGGGAGGGAGGAGAGCGAACACAUGCAGCGCAGCAGAGGAGAGGAGAGGAGCAUCUGAGAGGAAGCUGCACGCCGGUUCUGACAGAGAGACAGACAGAGGGAGGAGAAGACUGAGCACUUCUUCUCCACACUAACAAGGAGGCAGAGAGCAAAAAGAGAGACACAAAGAGAGAGUCAGGAGAUGGGGAGAUAGUGAGAGGAUGGAAAAAAAAGUAUCCGUCCCCUCCACUUAGAGAGAUACAGAGACAAAGCGGGAGGGAAAACAAAAGGGGGUUGGUGAGAUUGUGAAGUGUAGAGAGAGGGAGGCAGCGGACGGGAGAUAGUUAGAGGAACUGCAAGGCUGAUCAAUGAGCGGCUGAGAUUUCGGGAAGAAAAUUUCGACUCAGCAAGAAAGAGAGGGCGAGAGAGGGAGGGAGUCAAUGACAAAGAAAGAUUGAUGAAUGAAAGAUGGGAGCAAAACAUCUGGAGACUUAAAUAUUUAAAGAGAGACAGAGGCAUCUAGAGGGAAUUUAGGAAAAAAACAGAAGAAUAAAAAAAAAACAUUUAGAGAAAGACAAGAGUGGAAAGGAAGGAGGCGCAGAGGGUGAAAUAUUUAAAAAGAGACAGAAGCUGGGGGAAGAUGAGCAGAGAGAAAGCAGAGUCAAAGAGUAACCGGCAAAAACUUAGAGAGGAGAGAGAAUAAAUCUGAGCAGCGGGAGGGUCUGGGGGGGGGGGCUCCUUCUCUUUUCUUGUUAAAUUUCUUCCAUCCCUCCUCUACUUUAUAAAACAGAGGAGGAGAGACAAAAUGAGGAGAGUGUGAGAGAGUUGAGGAAGCAGAAGAAGAAGAGGCUUCUUCUCCAGACUUUUUCUUCAGAUAGAUACGUAGAUAUUCAAGUUUAUCAAACCCAGUCAAAUCCAAUGGCGUGCUACUACAUUGUGAUCAGUUCCACCCACCUGCGUGACGGACAGCUGAGGAGCAUCAAGGGGGUGUUCAGAGGACCAAUAGGAACCAACGGCCAAAGAAACACGGAGGAAGGGGACUCCAGUCUCUACUGUGAGCUGUGCGAUAAGCAGUACGUGAGACACCAACAGUACGACAAUCACAUCAACUCCUACGACCACCACCACAAGCAGCGCCUCAAGGAGCUGAAACAAAGGGAGUUUUACAGAGCGUUGGCCUACAGGAGGCAGAGGAGACGCAGGGAGGAGCAGAGAGAGGAGAGAGCGCUGAGGAGGCUCCACAAGCAUGAAGAGAGGAGGACAGGAGAGUGUGCUCCAGGUUCUGGUCCCAUGUUCAGGUCCACCACAGUGGCAGUCGAACCAGCAAACCAGACCAGGCCAGACUUUGUACAGAACUGGGCUGACAUCCAUACAAGCAGCACCACGCUGGGAACAAAGCCUCAAACCCCGCUGAUUCAGCCCUUCCUACCGCUGGACCCUGCACUGGAAACCAGACUCCUGAGCAACACACAAUGGGCAUAUGGCCAAAUGGACACGAACAACACUACAACUACAACUGCUGAAUCCUGCAUCCUCAACAAGACCCAAAUGGACUACAAUGACCUGACAGCCGCGGCCAUUAAGUCCAGUACCACUACCAACAACAUCAUGAGCACUGAUAUCAACACAAAUAUCCACUCUUCCACCAAAACCAGCCACUUUAACAAGAUCCCUUGGGCUCAUCAUUAUUUAACCAACCCCAUUACUCCCAAUAACAUCCCAACAACUGCCAGUAAUACCACCACUAAUGGAUCCAUUUUCAACAAAACCACCAUGACCAGCUUCAGUAAGAAAAUCACCACCACCGCCAUUACUAACACGACUGACAUCAGCAUCAACAGUAGCAGAGCAUUGGGCGCCUCAGUCGUCCAAUCCUUCCCCAGCAGAGUCCGUCCUGUGUCCUUCUCGCUGCCCAAAAGGAGCUGUGUCCUUCUCCACCAAUCAGCUGCCGUCUUCAUCCAAGGCGGCCGAGGCUCUGACUUGUCAGGGAAACAAGAAGGUGUGACGGCGCAAGAAAGAGCUAAAGAUCUGGGGGCUAAAGAUCAGCAGAUCAAAUCUCCAGUAUCUGCAGACGUGGACAGUGUAGGUGUGGAACACUGGGACACUGGAAACCAGCGCAGUGUGGACAGUAAAACUGCAAUCCAGCACUCUGAGGUUGGAGCCAAUAUGUCUACUGAGAGGGGGACAGGAGCCCAGGUUUCUUUAUGUAAUCGCAAUGUGAUCAGAGUUGAGGACUCUGUUAACAGUGGGAAUGGAGCCCAGAUCUCCUCAUGUAACGACAAUGGGACUGGAGCCCAAGUCGGCAAUGAAAUUGGGACUGGAGCUCAUCUUUAUUUAAACAGCGGGAUACCAGGACAGAUUUCUGGCAGUGUAAGCACAGUUGUGGCUAAAGAUUCAGCAUGCAGAGAUAGUGAGGCCGAAACCCAUAACAAUGUGGACAAUGUGACAGUAUUAAAUCCUACCCAAGAAUUGAAAGAUCUGCUAUGUCCUGCUACAAAUCAACCUCAGAAAUCGAUUUCCGGUAUUUCAAAUGAGACCAAAGAGUCUUCAAUCCAAACACAGCCCAAAGAUUUAAACAGCUCUCCAUCAAACUGGACUAAAGAAUCAAGUUAUUUGCCUCCAUGUCGUCCCAAAGAGCCGUUUUGUCGUGUCCUGAACCGAGACGGUGGCAGGGUUCUUCUCUGGCCAUCAGAGAUGGUCAGCUACACCAAGACAUCGCCCUCCAUCUCCUACAGCAUCAACCCUCUUCUGUAUGACUUCAGAGCUCAUAACAGGACCAAGGAAGGGGGUGAGGAAAAGAAAGGAGGGCUGGAAGAAGGGUGGGAGGGAAUAAAGCCGUCUGUGAUCAAACAACCUGGCUGCCAACAGAGGCAGGAAGUUAUGGAGAGAGGAAGGGAGGUAAAGAUAGAUGAAAGGGAAGAAGAGGAUGGAGGAGGACAGGCAGGAAAUCCUAUGGAACUUGUAGCCCAUUGUAGCGGCGGCAACGCAGUUCCGGACCGCUGCGCCUGCCGUGAUGAAAGUGCUUUAAAAUUCGUUCCCAUUUCCACAGAAUGCCACCUUGCACCGACGCUAGGCCUUCAAAAAACGGGGAGGAGGAGGAGGAGGAAGAGGAGGGGAGGGGUGAGGAGAGGAAUGAGGAAGAGGGGGAGGAGGAAAAGAGGAGAAGAGACAAACAGGAAAGACCCAGACAGGGGAAGAAGGAUAAUAAGUAGCCUUUCUGAGAAUCUGAUGUCUGAAGGGAGAGGAGAAGAGAGGUUGCAAAGAGAGGGCACAGAAAAAGCAGAGAGGAGAGAAAAAGGACUAUUAAGUAAUCUUGGAGCGCAUCGGCUGGUAGGAGGGAGAGAAAAGAGGAUGAGGGCAGAGGAGAAAAGGAUAAGACGAGAUGAGACAGAGCAAGAGAGGGCAGGUAGAAAUGACGAGAAGAGAGGAGAGCUAUUAAGUAAUCUUCCUGUGAAUCGCUGUAAUCGGUGUAACCAGCUGUGUCUGCAGGUGAAAAGGGAGGCCAGCCUGCAUCAAUCCCAGCAAUCAGCCUCCGGGUGGGGCCAGGGGCUCAGAAAGCUCCUCUGCAGGGGUGCAGCAUGUAACUCAGUGAUUAGCCCCGUCCCUGGUACUGUUAUAGAGAUGCCAUGCUGUCCUGCAAUUACGCCCGACCCUGCUCAGAAUGACAGAGAGACGGGGGAGAUACACAAAAAUACACAAGCAGGGAAGGAGGCCGGGCGGAGAGAUGAGCAGCAAAGGAAUCUGAGGAAGACAGAGAUAAGAGUUCAGGAUGCUAAAGAAAACGUGUGUAACCUAGUGAUUAGCGGCAUUUCCUUGCCCAGUCAAGACGCAGCAUGUAAGCCAGAAGUUUGUCUUGUUCCUACACCUCAGAGAGAAACAGCAUGUGAUCCAGCGAUUAGCCUUGUCCCUGCUCCCUUUAGAGAAACAGCGUGUAGUCAAAGACAAACAACAUCUGCAGGACACUGCAAUCCAGUGUUAGGCUUGGCCUCACACUGUUCUGGACAACAGACAGAAACACAACCGAGAAUUAGAUCAGCCCGCGCAGACAUGAGCCUCCCUGGCGAAGUGAUUUCAAAAGAUGUGAUGUCAAAGAGAGCAGUAACAGCCGACCAGAGGAAGAGGGGAUUGCCAGAGGCUGGGGAAAUACCGAGGAAGAAACGGAAAAGGGGAAGGAGACAAGGCAGGAGAGUCGUCUGUGUUUUGAGUACACAGAGACAGGAAAGAGCUUGUGUUGGGUUGACUACCGACCUCAGCAUAGAUGAGGCCCCUUGUAUGCAGAAACCCACAAUGGCGCUUAAACUCAAGAGCAACAAGACUGGGACACUUGUGGACGACUACCUGGGGUGCAGCACAACUGAGUGUGGUCCAGUCGGCAGCAGGAGUGAGAAAAACACUGACUGCCACUGUAUUUGCAGGCCAAAACACUGUCUGUGCCAUAAAUCCAAUAACAGUGAGGGAACAUUUAGUUGCAACACAACUGACAAACUGAAUAACUGCUGCCACUGUGAUGACAGUAAAAGUGGCAAUUGCAGUGCUGAUGUCUACAGUCAAUUUGUCUCUGAUCCUUCCGGAGGCGAGGACAGGAGGAAGUGCUUGACUGAGAAACCUCUCAGUGACUGUAACACACCAGGUGACCACAACCAGGGUAAUAAAAAACACAAUCCGAGCUGUAGCAGUACUUUGAUGAAUCAUGACGGCAACGAAGAUGACAAUCAAUCUCCUGAUCAUGUGGAUAAACUUCACACAGCUAACGAGAGUGACAAACCCACCUGUAACAUCGAAGACACGCCUGUGGAUUUACUUUCAAAAGACUUCUUUACCUGUAGCACUAACGAAACACAUGCUGACCACUGUCAAUGCACAAACAAGCAGACAAAGAGUGUCAAAAUAUCCACUGACUCUGAUAUCAGCAACACUACUGACAAAACGGACAAGCGUGGUGAUCGCUGUAACUGUAAAACAAAUGACACAUGUUAUCACAAUUUCAUUUACAACCAUACAGAUAACAAAAGUGGUCACAGUGAGGAGGAUACAACCAAACUGCAGUGUCACAUUCAACACAAAAGGGACCUCUCUCAUUCAGUUAUUGAUUAUAAAACCUGCAGUGGUAUUGAUCAAAGACACGGAAACGGCUGUGAUGAUAUUGACAGUGCGCAGUGUGAUUAUUUUAACAGUAAUCAUGUCACUGAUUGUAAUCAUUGUGGUAAUGUUGUCGAUAAGAGUAGCGCCACAAAUGCAACGGAAACUGUUGCACUCAUGAGUGUACAGACGGAGCAGAGAGAAGAGGAAAGAGAUGUUGAGAAGGAGAGAAAGGAGGAGGAGGAGGAGGAACAGAUGGCGAGGAAACGGGUAAAGGAGAAGCAAGAAGAGUGGGAGAAGGAGUGGGUGAGGAGAAAGGAGAAAGAAAAGGAGGACAGGGAGAGAAGGAAGGCGAUAGAUUUUGAACAUCUAUACCCAGAGAAGAGGCCUUACUUUCCUCACGCCCUCCCUCCGCAUUGCAUCCCCUCCACGCUCCUCUCCUUCUCCAGCCUUCCCUCUCCUCCUCUUCCACUUUUUCCUUCCAUCGCACUAUCAUCCAGCAUCACCUCUCCCUCCUCCCGCCUCCGCCACACCUCCCUUCUUCUGCCGCGCAAGACCUGA